AAUCAACCAUUUUAUUUUACAUCAAAUUAUGAACUUCGUAUUUAUACAUCAGCUUGUUAUUAUCUUGAUAAAAAUAAUCAAUGGAAAUCAGAUGGAUUAAUUGUUGGACCUUUAACAAAUCAUUAUCAAAUUCAAUGUUUUUCGAAUCAUUUAACAUCAUUUGCUGGUGGAUUUAUUAUUUUACCUGCACCAAUUAAUUGGAAUUAUGUUUUUACAAAUGCAGAUUUUAUGAAAAAUAAAACUGUUUAUUUAACAAUUAUUUUUGUAUCUAUUAUCUAUAUUAUUUUAAUGAUUUAUGCACGUUUUAAUGAUAAAAAAGAUAUUGAAAAGUUAGGUGUUACACCAUUACUUGAUAAUUAUAAAUUAGAUCAAUAUUUUUAUCAAAUUCUUGUCUUUACUGGUCAACGAAUAAAUGCUGGAACAGAAUCAAAAGUUCACUUUAUUUUAUCAGGUGAUAAUGAUGAAACACAUGUUCGAACAUUUACUGAUCUUCAUCGAAAGAUUUUUCAACGUGGUGGAAUUGAUGCAUUUAUUAUGACUGUUCCAAAAUCAUUAGGAUUAUUAAAUUAUAUUCGUAUUUGGCAUGAUAAUUCUGGAAAAGGUUCAUCAGCAUCAUGGUUUUUAAAAUAUAUUAUUGUAACAGAUUUACAAACAAUGGAAAAAUUUCAUUUUAUUUCUCAACGAUGGUUUGCAGUUGAAAAAGAUGAUGGAUUUAUUGAACGAAUAUUACCAGUUGCUACUUAUCAUAGUGUAUCUGAUGGUCAUUUAUGGUUUUCAAUUUUUUCUCGUCCACCAUCAAAUAAAUUUACACGUAUACAACGAUGUACUUGUUGUUUUGUCUUAUUAUUUUCAUCAAUGUUACUUAAUAUAAUGUAUUAUGAUUUAUCAGUCGAGGCAAAUAUGUCAAAAACGACCGUGGGAAACAGUUUAUCAAUUGGUCCUCUCUAUAUAACUCCUCAACAGAUUGUAAUUGGUGUAAUGGUUGAACUAUUCUCAUUAAUUCCAAGUCUUUUAAUUGUUCAAUUCUUUCGUCGUAUUCGAACUCGUCAACAAAUUUCUCCAUUACGUCAAGCAUUGUAUAAACUAAGACCAUCUUUACAAAUUCAAAAAAAUAUUCAUUUAACUAAGAAAAAACAAUGUGAAUUAACAUUUCCUUGGUGGUGUUUAUUUAUUGCUUAUGGUCUUUCUUUUAUAAUAAUUGCUAUAUCAAUUUUUUUUAUAAUUGCACGUGGAAUUGAAUUUGGUGAUUUAAAAACUCGAAAAUGGUCAACAUCAGUUCUUACUGGAAUUUUUUCUUCAAUUCUUCUAACUGAACCAAUUAAAAUUAUAUGUUUGGCAAUAUUCUUUGCUUGUUUUUGUCGGAAUAUGAAUGAUGAUAAAGAAACAAGUGAAUAUAUUGAUGAUAAUGAAAUUGAUUUAGAUAAUGAUGAAGAUUAUUUUCAUUCAAUUGAGAAUGAUUCUUUAUUUAUUUCUCAAUCAACAAAAUAUAUUAAUCGUCUUAAUAGAAAUGAAGUUGUUUAUGCUCGUGAACAACGUUUGAAAGAAAUUCAAAUAUGGUCAAUUAUUCGAGAAUUUAUUAUUUAUUUAAUAUUUUUAAUAUUAAUUUGUCUAAUAACUUAUUUAAAUCGUGAUCAAAAUAGUUUUUUUCAAGUUCAACAUUUACGAAAAUAUUUCUUCAAUACAAAACAAACAGAUUAUAAUUAUAUACAGGUUGUUUUAAUUUGUAUUUGA